AUGGAGAAAGAGAUGAGAUGGAGAAAUAAUGAAAUACCGAAAACGUGGGCUCGGUUGGCAAACGUGUCCGGCCUCAUUCCUUUUCGGACUCUUUCACACGCCGACGGCGACGACGACCCUCGUCGCUCUAAACCCGCAGAGUCCUACCAGCUUCAAGAGCUACCCAGGCCUGCCGAGGCCAACUCAUCCGCCACCGCUGACACUCCUUUCGACUCUGACCGUGAGAAACGGCGGGAAGCCAAGUGGCUUAGAUUUCUCGACAUGAAGUUCAGUCACAGCGUUCAGUUUAAUGCCGUUCCGGAAUGGAGCUCAAAUUACAUUGCCUACUCCAAUCUAAAGAAGCUUAUAUAUACCCUCGAAAAGAAAGCCAACGAAGCCGCCCAACGAGCCGAUGACGAAGAACACACUGCUCUCAUCCAGGAUGGCACAGACCCUGAUCCGAUCUUCAAACGUGCUCUCGACAAUGAACUUCAAAAGAUUGCUGAUUUCUACCAAUUGAAAGAGCUCGAACUCUACGCUGACCUCGACGAACUCAUUCGCGAUAAGGACGCUUAUGUGAAGAACCAACUCGACGAACUGGGUGUUCCAGCCGAACUUGAAGGAAGCCAAUUCAUCAGCAAACGCCGUCGUUCAAACGCCGGAAAUCCAGGUCCUGCCUCAUCAAGCAGCCCGAGAGCACUUAGUCCCGUCAAUGGCAGACACAAGGGCUUCCAAUCCGACUCUGACUCCGAGAACUCCGAGGAUGAGCUUAUUAGCACAAGCACAGCGGAUGUGAAACGGCGUAAACGAGGAUCCACGGUUGGGACAAUCGGUAGCAACGAUCUUCUCUCUGCCACUCAAUCGAAGGCAAAACGUCGUACCUCUCUCGUAUACGAUGAGUUUAAUGAAGGCAUCCUUACGGCUCUUUACGACGAACGUAUCACUCUCAAAAAACGGACGAUCAAUCUUUAUGUAUCCAUGGUCGAGCUCAAGUCAUUCAUUCAACUCAACAGAACAGGUUUUUCAAAGGCACUGAAAAAGUACGACAAGAUUCUCAAUCGGAACUUAAGAGAUAAGUACAUCUCGGCGUCCGUGGAAUCGGCGUACGUUUUCAGAGAUAAAACGGCGAAAGACUUGGGCAAUGGAAUCGCAAAGAUUGAAGCCAUAUACGCUGAACUCAUCACUAAUGACGACACGGAUACAGCGAAAAAAGAGCUGAGACUAUACUUGAGAGAACAUGUCGUUUGGGAGAGAAAUACGGUUUGGAGGGAGAUGAUUGGUAUUGAAAGAAAGGCGCAAGCUGCCAAUUUGGGUAUUAGACGAACACUCCUCGGCGCCGAUGUUCCGGAAGAACGCACCCGACGCCAAGGAGACGAAGCACCGUCAGAGAAGACCGAAAUCCGAACACCGUUAGGCACGAUCACGUGCCCAAGAUGGCUCAUUAGUUCGAACUUCUUUACGUUGAUUAUAGCGACGGCAAUAUUUCUCGCAGUACUGUUUGCACCAAUAUUUGAGUCGCCAGAGCAAAGGGGUUGUUUUGCGAUCCUGGUGUUUGCGUCUAUACUAUGGGCAACAGAGGUCAUCCCACUGUUCGUAACGUCACUGAUGAUACCAUUCCUUGUGGUUAUCCUCAGAGUAUGCCGAGAAGACGAGAAACCGCAUGCCCGGUUGGACGCCAAAGAUACAGCGAAAUACAUCUUCGCGGCCAUGUGGACACCAGUCAUCAUGCUGCUGCUCGGCGGGUUUACAAUCGCCGCAGCAUUGAGCAAAUACCAUAUUGCGAAAUUAAUGGCGACACAAGUGGUCAGUAUGGCAGGGACGAGGCCUAGAACCGUGCUAUUGACAAAUAUGUUCGUGGCAAUGGUUGCCAGCAUGUGGAUCAGCAAUGUUGCAGCGCCAGUGCUUUGCUAUUCUCUUAUUCAGCCAAUGCUACGAAACCUCCCUGCAGAAUCAAACAUGAGCAAAGCCUUGAUCCUCGGCAUCGCCCUUGCCUCCAACGUCGGCGGCAUGGCUUCUCCAAUCGCCAGCCCUCAAAACAUCAUCGCUUUGAAAAACAUGAAACCGGAACCAAGCUGGGGCGAAUGGUUCGUUGUCGCCCUACCAGUCUCCAUCCUCUCCAUCUUCGCCAUCUGGGCUAUCCUCCUUGUUACCUUCAAACCAGGCCGUGGAACAAACAUCGUCCCCAUCAGACCCAUCAAGGACAAAUUCACAGGUGUUCAAUACUUCAUCUCCUUCGUAACCGUAGCCACCAUCGUCCUUUGGUGCUUCGCCGGGAGUCUAGAAGCCGAAUUUGGCGAUAUGGGCGUCAUAGCCAUCAUCCCCAUCGUAAUGUUCUUCGGUAGCGGUAUCCUAACCAAAGAAGACUUCAACAAUUUCCUAUGGACGAUCAUCAUCCUCGCAGCCGGUGGGUUAUCACUCGGAAAGGCUGUUAACUCAUCAGGUCUCUUGCAUACAAUCGCUCGCCAUAUCCAACAAGUAACGAAUACCAUGAGUCUUUACGGUGUAGCCGUUACGUUCGCCGGGUUGAUUCUUGUUAUUGCGACGUUCAUCAGUCAUACUGUUGCUGCUUUGAUUAUUUUACCUAUUGUGAGCCAGGUUGGUGCUCAGAUGGAGGAUCCGCAUCCGAGGGUUUUGGUGAUGGUUAGUGCUUUGAUGUGUUCGGCUGCGAUGGGUCUGCCGACUUCUGGGUUUCCGAAUAUGACCGCAAUCAUGAUGGAAGACAACCAAACCGGCCAAAGGUACCUAAGGGUCACCCAUUUCAUCACCAGAGGUGUUCCGAGCAGCAUUGCCGCUUUUAUAUUAGUCAUAACAGUUGGUUACGGGUUGAUGAGACUAGUAGGCUUUUAA